GUGUGGUCCUGGCAGACCACAAUCCGGGAGUCUGGAAAGCCAGUCUGUGGCUUUGAGCCUAUUCAGACGCCGAAGCUUGGAGAUGCCACUACAACCACCAGAAGCCAGGCGAGAGAGCCUCUACUGGAGCAGGGAAGCCGAAGACCUUCAGGUAGAGGAGUCCAAACCCAAACCCAAGUUGUUCAUGCCAAACCUGGUGCCUCUGAAAAUCCCAGAUGGAGAAAAAGUUGAUUUUGAUGAUAUCCACAGAAAACGCAUGGAAAAGGAUCUAACAGAACUUCAGACACUUAUUGAAGCUCACUUUGAGAAUCGUAAAAAGGAGGAAGAAGAACUAUUGUCUCUGACAGACCGCAUGGAGAAAAGAAGAGCAGAACGGGCAGAGCAGCUGAGGAUCCGGACAGAAAGAGAGAAGGAGAGGCAGGCCAGAGUGGUGGAAGAACGUGCUCGUAAGGAGGAAGAGGAAAACAGGAGGAGAGCAGCGGAAGAUGUUAAGAAAAAGAAGGCAUUUUCCAACAUGCUUCACUUUGGAGGCUAUCUUCAAAAGACAGAGAGGAAAGGAGGGAAGAAACAGACCGAGAGAGAGAAGAAAAAAAUGAUUUUGGCAGAGAGAAGAAAGCCUUUAAAUAUCGAGAACCUGAAUGAAGAAAAGCUAAGGUCGGAAGCUCAGCGAAUGUACAACUGGAUAUAUCAGCUGGAGGCGGAAAAGUUUGAUCUGCAAGAAAAAUUCAAGAAACAGAAAUAUGAGAUUAAUGUUUUGCGGAACCGUGUUACUGCCCACCAAAAAAUCUCCAAGGGUCCCAGAGCUGGGAAAGGUAUUUUGGGAGGAAGAUGGAAAUGAUCACUUACUGCAGAGGAGAAGAGGUCAUCUUGUGGAAACUGUACCUAAUUGUUGACGCUGCCUCUUUGCUCUUAUGACAUUACACAAACGUACAUGGACCCAUUUACCAAUCGCUUCACAACAUCCUUCUAAAUGAUAAAAUAAAGAAUUCCAUGUGAAACUUUUCAAUGG